GGGCACCAAGCGCCAAGCAUCAAGCACCAAGCACGAGGAACCGCACUAGGAACAGCACCAGACACCCGGCCAGUGUCUGUCCUCGCUCAGUGUCUGUCCGUCCGGCCAUCCCAUCUCCUCCAGCAAGAUGCGCUCUUCCCUGGCGCCCGGCGUCCACUUUCUGCGCUCCUUCUCCCGGGACAGCUGGUUCCGGGGCUUCAUCCUCCUGCUCACCUUCUUGAUCUACACUUGCUACCACAUGUCCAGGAAGCCCAUCAGUGUGGUCAAGAGCCGCCUGCACCAGAACUGCUCAGAGCUCAUCCACCCAGACAAUGACACCCACAGCCCCAACGACACCACAUGGUGCAGCUGGGCCCCAUUCGACCAGGAUAACUACAAGGAGCUGCUGGGCGCCGUGGACAAUGCCUUCCUGGUGGCCUACGCCGUGGGCAUGUUCAUCAGUGGGAUUUUUGGGGAGCGGCUGCCUCUCCGCUAUUACCUGUCAGCUGGGAUGCUAUUCAGUGGCCUGUUCACCUCACUUCUUGGUUUCGCCUACUUCUGGGACAUCCACGUGCUCUGGUACUUCGUGCUGGUGCAGAUCUUCAAUGGACUCGCCCAGACCACAGGCUGGCCUGCUGUAGUUGCCUGCGUGGGGCACUGGUUCGGAAAGGGGAAACGGGGACUCAUCAUGGGCAUCUGGAACUCACACACGUCCGUGGGCAACAUCCUGGGCUCCCUGAUAGCCGGUGUCUGGGUGAACGGGCAAUGGGGCCUGUCGUUCGUGGUCCCUGGCGCCAUCACUGCCAUCAUGGGCCUCUUCACCUUCCUCUUCCUCAUCGAGUACCCAGAGGAUGUGGACUGCAGCCCUCCCCAGCAUCAUGAAGGCCCAGAGGUCAGUCCAGACUGUGUCGAGGAGAGCCGGGAUGACAGCCUGGAGGCAGCAAGCAGAAGCUGCAAGGACCCAAACACACAGCCUGCGGCCAUCAGCUUCUUCGGGGCACUCUGCAUCCCGGGCGUCAUUGAGUUCUCGCUGUGCCUGCUCUUCGCCAAGCUGGUCAGCUACACCUUCCUGUACUGGCUGCCGCUCUACAUCUUCAACGUGGCUCACUUCGGAGCCAAGGAGGCUGGGGACCUGUCCACACUCUUCGACGUGGGCGGCAUCAUAGGCGGCAUCCUGGCUGGGGUGGUGUCCGACUACACUGGUGGCAGAGCUACCACUUGCACUGUGAUGCUUCUCCUAGCUGCACCCCUGAUGUUCCUGUACAAUGCCUUUGGCCAGAGCGGGUUGACCAAUUCCAUAGUCAUGCUCAUUAUUUGUGGGGCAUUGGUCAACGGCCCCUACUCGCUCAUCACCACAGCUGUCUCUGCUGACCUGGGCACCCACCAGAGCUUGAAGGGCAACGCCAAAGCACUGGCCACAGUCACCGCCAUUAUCGACGGCACCGGUUCCAUAGGGGCAGCCCUGGGCCCCCUGCUGGCCGGACUCAUCUCCCCCACGGGCUGGAACAACGUCUUCUACAUGCUCAUCUCAGCCGACGUGCUUGCCUGCCUGUUCCUUUGUCGCCUAGUGUACAAGGAGAUCGCUGCCUGGCGGAUGUCUCUGAGCAGAGACAGAAGUCCCAACAUUUUUGUGAGUAUUUUCUGCAAGUCCGCAAUCACUAUAAAGAAAUAUGAAGCCCUGGAUGGACAAGACAUGGAGAACCCCACAGGGGACCUGGAUAUCCCCCUGGGCAAGACAACGUGGUCACCAUGGCCCUUUGGAUGGAUGCGCCGUAACUCUGUCCUGGACAGCACAGGGCCAGUAUGCUUGCUUCAGGCCAAGUUGAUGGAGGGCACCAAUCACCUAGGCACAGGCAGGGUAAAUCUGGUGAAGACGGCUCAGCCUCGGGAGAGGAAGAAUCCAGGCUGCAGUGUGGCCCGAUUGUCUUCCCCGACCCUCCACCAGCCCCGCAUGCCCUCAACUUCCAAAUUCCGGGGGCCCUGCCCUCAGAACGACCUCCUGGACCCUGUGUCCUUCCCUCAUGGGCAGCCAUGA